UCCGUACCAUAACAGUUCCGUCAUUCAAAUUCUGCUUAAUUUUCGAUCUAUCCGCCAAUCUUCCCCUCCACAUUAACCCCCUUUAAACCUCUCUCUCUCUCUCUCACUCUCACAUCACCUUCUCAGCUACCUUGUGAGCUCGUUCUCUAUCUCUCUUUCUCUUUCUCCGUAUCUGAAAUCCAUCGUUUUCUUUGACAAUGCUCAAAUUGCUUACCUUCAAACCCUAGACUUCACCUUCCAUAUAUAAAUCAAUCUAUUUUUAUUAUAAUUUCUCUGUAUUAACUUUCUUUGUUUUCUUCAAUUUGUAUCGCGAAUGGCGACCUCGGCGUUCAAAUCAACGACGAAGCGGACGCCGAUCGGAGCAUCCAAGGCUCCGGCUGAAGACUCGGCUUCAUCUAAUCGGAAGUCGUCUCACCGGCGCUCUCGGAGCUUGAGCUGCUUCUCGCGCGGGUUACCGGAACGGACGCCGAAGGCUGAAGACUUCGAUGACAAUCCGGCUCCCAAAGGAAGGUUUGUGAACACGGUCAGAGGCUCGGGCUUCCCGGAGAUCAGCCUCGACGACCUCGCCAUCGAGCUCUUCGACUCCUCCGGCGACCGAGGCCGCUCGGUUGCGCGUGGUUCCGAAGCUACACCUACUUCCAGCGUGUCGCAGAGACGAGGGAGGUCGGUUUCGAGGCACAGCUCGAGAGUGGGGGGUGGUGGUGAUGUAAGGGGCAGUGCGAGUAAUAAUUCAGGUGGAGGAAGGGUAAUUUCGGAAAGUAAGGGGAAUUCGAGGCCAAGGCGAUCGGUUUCUGUUGCUCGGUAUCAGAUGAGCGAUUCCGAGAGUGAUCUAGACCACAGCCAGAAUCGCAGCACUGCUAAUUCAAAGAACUUCAGUAGUGCAAACAACCAGACACCCUUGUCCCGCAAGUCAACAGAUUCAAAUUAUAGACAAGGGUUGAGAAGAUCUCUUAGCCAGAAAGAUUUUAAGUGCCAUGAUGGUUACUCUAGCCACUCUUCGGUCGUAACUGAUGAUGAGGGGAGGGAUGCUUAUUCCAACAAAAAUGGGGUUGAGAAGACUAUCCGAGCUGUGUAUUCAGAGAAGAAGGUUCACUUUUUAAAACUUUAUGUUAUGAGAACCACCUCAGUUUAGUUCUUUUAUCUUAGUCGUUUCUUUUUUAUUUUCUUGUCACCCUUU